AUGGCAGAUCGCCGACUUUCGGCAUCGAGUCCUCCAUCAUCCCCACGGAGACCUUCUCACCAGAACACUUGGUCUGGAACCCAGCAUGUUCCCCUCACUCCCAGCCGGCUGCGGAAGGCCACGAACAUGUCACCAGAGGAUAGGAUGGCCAGGUCCAAGUCAAAUGAAGAGGCGGGCCAAAACAAUGACUUGAAUCUCUCUCCCCCGGCCAUUGGGCCAGUAUCGAACAUACCGAUCAUGGCUGAGCCGGGUCCUGGUCCUGGUCCUGUACGGGAUGAAGAAAGUCAAGAUGUUCAAGGGCAGAUUGAAGAGCCAACCUCUCAACAACUGAAUGAGAGGACUAAACUACUCGGCAACUAUCAUCACAAUCGAGUCUGUGGGCUGAGAAACUGUAACCAUGGCACAUUUUCUCCCCGAGCCCCAUCACUCCGAAGCAACAGAAGCAGCAUUGACAGCACGUCCAUCCCAUUUGGUCUGUAUGCAGGUGAUAUCGGUGAAGGCGGUAGCCCAAGAGAUCCAGCUCGUGGAAUCUUGGGCGACUUUGUGACCGACUCUCUGGUUGGCAGUAAGAGCCUGAGCACGACGAGAUGGCUUGCCAAGAAACACGGAAUCAAAAGUCCGAGAUUCAUGUAUUUCUCAUACUACUUUCCCUUUGUGAAAUGGGUUCGUCAAUACAAGUGGAAGUGGAUCCGUGGCGACUUGAUUGCAGCUCUCACCAUGGCAUCUUUUUACAUUCCCAUGUCGUUGUCAUACGCCUCCAAUCUUAGUCAUAUCCCUCCCAUCAAUGGGCUUUAUUCUUUUGUGUUCAAUCCCCUGAUCUACGCGUUCCUCGGAACUUGCCCACAAAUGGUAGUGGGUCCCGAGGCGGCAGGUUCUUUACUGGUCGGCCAAGUGGUGAAAACCUGUAUAGCUCAAGGCAAUUCGGAGGAUGAUGAUGCUAUCCUCAACGCGCAGAUUGCUGGUGUUGUAACUGCCAUGGCUGGCGCUGUUAUUUUUGUGGCCGGUCUCUGUCGUCUUGGAUUUCUCGACGGCGUCCUUAGCCGACCUUUUCUUCGGGGCUUCAUCAGCGCGAUCGGCUUCGUCAUUUUGGUUGAUCAGUUGAUUCCUGAAUUGGGUCUGGCCGAGGUGGCCAGGGACGACGGUGAAGUGUCUCAUGGAAGCAGCGCCCAGAAACUGGUGUUUCUCGCAAGAAAUGUUGGAAAGUCCCAUGGAUUGACCGUGGCGGUAUCGUUUACGAGCUUCGCCAUCAUUAUGAUUUUCCGAACGCUCAAACGGGCACUCCAACCACGCUAUCCUUGGGUGGCCUACUUUCCCGACCGAUUCACUGUCGUUGCUCUCUCUGCCGUUUUUGCCUGGGCAUUUGCUUGGGACCAAAAAGGCCUUGAUAUUCUCGGUGAUGUCAAGUCAUCGGGUGGAACAGCAAUUCCAUUUCACUGGCCAUUUCAGUUCCGGCAUAUGAAGCACAUCGACACGGCUUUGAGCACGUCAUUCCUGAUUGCCUUACUUGGGUUUUUCGAAUCUUCCGUGGCCGCUAAAAGCUUAGGUGAAGGUUCCCACGGUUUACAAGGCAUGACCUUGAGCGCCAACCGAGAAUUGAUCGCUCUAGGUACUGCCAAUAUCGUCGGGGGCUGUUUUAUGGCCUUGCCUGCGUUUGGUGGAUAUGGAAGAAGCAAGGUCAAUGCCUCGACUGGAGGGACUACGCCAAUGAGCAGCAUUCUUCUCAGUGCCAUUACUAUGAUAUGUGUCCUAUUUGUGCUUCCGUAUUUCUACUAUCUGCCGAAAGGAGUACUUUCGGCCAUGAUUUCCGUGGUUGCCUAUUCGCUCAUCGAAGAAUGCCCUCACGACAUCAAAUUCUUCCUCAAGAUUAGGGGCUGGACGGAGUUAUCGCUGAUGACCAUCAUCUUUGUGGCAACCGUAUUCUAUUCCUUGUCGGUUGGAAUUGCCCUGGGUAUCGGACUCUCAUUGUUGAAACUGAUUCGACAUGCAACCAAGCCGAGGAUCCAAAUUCUGGGCAAAGUCCCCGGAACCACAGACCGGUUCGAGAAUGCUGAAUUUGUGCCAGAAAAUAUCGAGUACAUUGAAGGAUGUCUCAUUGUCAAAAUUCCGGAACCACUGACUUUCGCCAACACGGGAGAGUUGAAGACACGUCUGCGAAGGCUCGAGCAGUACGGUACGAAUGCAGCUCAUCCCUCGCUGCCACGAGUGCGUCAUGAAGACAACAACAGAAACAUCAUCUUCGACGUGCACGGUGUCACCUCGAUUGAUGGCUCCGGCGCUCAAGUUUUCACUGAAAUCGUGGAGGAAUAUGUAAGUCGAGGCAUUCGAGUCAUUUUUUGCAGGCUACCUCACCGACGAAGCAAAGUGUUUCAAAGUUUUGAAAGGAGUGGGAUUGUAGACUUAUGUGGAGGAUUGAGACAUUUCGUGGGCAGUGUUGAAGAAGCAUUGCAGUUGUCGGAGACUGAGGAUUUGGAGCAGUUUUUCAAUCGGCGCAUGAGCGAUCACAACCAACGACGAGAGUCGCAUUGGUAG